UGAGAUCACUCCGCGACAGUUUGCCAAGGCGAUGGACAAGCUGGAGACGGCCUACUCCGCAUGUGUCAAGCUGAUUCUAAUGGCCACAGAGCUGUUUGGUAGGUCAGGCUUACUAGCCAACACCCGUUAGAUCUUGUUCAGUGAUUUUGGUAAAUAAUUAUCUUCUUUUUGUUUUGUUUAAUAACAUGCAUCCUAAUAAUUCUAUCAAAACACAACGAAAAUGUCCAUACAGGGCUUUUCGUAUACAACUUGAGACAUGCCAAUACCUGACUGACUCUUAUGAAAGCUAUAAGUCAUAUCUUAUGAAGGCUAUAAGCCAUAUCUUAUGAAAGCUAUAAGCCAUAUCUUAUGAAAGCUAUAAACCAUAUCUUAUGAAAGCUAUAAGCCAUAUGUUAUGAAAUGUAUAAGCCAUAUCUUAUGAAAGCUAUAAGCCAUAUCUUAUGAAAGCUAUAAGUCAUAUCUUAUGAAAGCUAUAAGCCAUAUCUUAUGAAAGCUAUAAGCCAUAUGUUAUGAAAGCUAUAAGCUAUAUCUUAUGGAAGCUAUAAGCCAUAUCUUAUGAAGGCUAUAAGCCAUAUCUUAUGAAAGCUAUAAGCCAUAUCUUAUGAAAGCUAUAAGCCAUAUCUUAUGAAAGCUAUAAGCCAUAUCUUAUGAAAGCUAUAAGCCAUAUCUUAUGAAAGCUAUAAGCCAUAUCUUAUGAAAGCUUUAGGUUGUAAAUUCACGUUACGUUCUCAGAUCAAGAAGACAAGGCGGAAUCUGUGAGUGAAAUUUCUACUAAAGCCUCGUGCUCAUUGGUGUCUGGUACCACGCCCGAGUCGGGUGAGUUUGAUAUUACCUGUGUCUGGCGAGUGGGAUGUUUCCUAUGUCUGGUAAGUGGGAUGUUUCCCCUCUUUGGUGUCUAUUUGGUACCUGUUCCAACCAAUGGCACGUUAACGCUGAUGCCGUCAAACAUAAGGAUGAUGCCACCAAACAUAAGGAUGAUGCCACCAAACACCCUAGUUUGGUAUAGCCUAUACACAUUAAGUUAAUAAAAAACAACACAUUUGACCAGACCCGUAGCUGGCGGGUAGCGGGUAGACUCCGCAUCCUAGCAACAAGUAUGCUACUUUCAAUGAGGUCCCUGCGCUAAGAAAGUUACCAGAACGACUCUGCCUGACGCUUUGACGCUCUCGAUGGCACGUUUCCUUUUCAGUCAAUGACAUCAGCAUUUGGGACUUUCCGCAUCAGGGUCAUUUGGAUACUGUCUGUGGGGUUAAAUAAUUUGAUUUCUCUGCUUUGUUUUAAUGUUCAUUAAAAAAUGAUUAAUUAUUGGUCACAAACUUCAUGUGUUGCACAAGGAAGCAGUUUUUUUGUAUUGUAAUCUUUGUGAGCAAUUUUGAAAACAGUUUCACUUCUUGACGUUUUGAGCAAAAUUAGUAGCGUCUCUACUGGGUGUGGAGGUACGGACCGCACUUGAGACAGUCCUAUAGGGGCCUGGAGAGUACACGUUUAAUAGCUUAUGUUCUUAAGUCUAGAUAAGGUUCUAGCAAAUUCUACUCCCUCCCCGCCUUUUUCCUCUUUUCCCCGGAAUCAAUAAUGAUGGUGUUCAAUCAUCCGUGUUUGACCUUUGACCUGUUGUCUCAUGUCCAAUGUACUGACGCCCCAGGCAGCAGUACACCGCUCGAGAUUCGAACGUCCGUCAUCGAGAAAGAGACCCACAGACGGCUGAAAAAGUUAGAGCACCGUUUCCAUGACUACGUGGCGCGGAAGGAGAAGCUUAACAGUCAGGUCAAGGAGGGGGAAAGCAAAGUUGGGGAGCAUGCCCAAAAUCCGAUUGCAGUGAGUACACUGUGACACUCAGUAGUUGCAUUGUCGGUAUGUCAUGAUGGGAUAGUCGCAUUAUCGUUAUGUCAUUUUCAUGUCUAGUUUAUAGCAUGGGUUUUCCCCUUUUCAUUAAAAAAUUGCACACGUUUUAUGAAAUGCUAACAAAAGUGUGUAUUUACCAGGGAUUCUUAACCUGCUUGGUCAAAAAGACCCAUUUGCUAGUCAUUUAAAGGCAAAUGAGCUCUUCUUAUAAUUAAGUUUUAAAGGAAUAUAUUAAUGUUACAAAAGAAAUUCAGCUUCUAGGGGACCUGCUAUCUUUUCACAGAUCCCGUGGAACUCGGGAUGAGAACCCCUGGUAUUUACCACCAUGUGAAGGCUCAAUAGUUCAUACUUCGUAUUGCAAUGGACAUCUGUAGAUAUCGGCUUCCGUUAGAUCACAAUGCCCCACUUGUAAAAACUUAAUGUACGAUUAGUGGUCAAACAAUUCGGUACGCACAAACAUCUUCCACACAAGCAUGUUGCACAUGGUAAGCUUGUAGGCAUACUGAACUAGGUAAUAUCAGGCAAACUUGUAGCCAUACUGCACUGGGUAAUAUCAGGUAAACUUGUAGGCAUACUGCACUGGGUAAUAUCAGGUAAACUUGUAGGCAUACUGCACUGGGUAAUAUCAGGCAAACUUGUAGCCAUACUGCACUGGGUAAUAUCAGGUAAACUUGUAGGCAUACUGCACUGGGUAAUAUCAGGCAAACUUGUAGGUAUACUGCACUGGGUAAUAUCAGGCAAACUUGCAGGCAUACUGCACUGGGUAAUAUCAGGCAAACUUGUAGGCAUACUGCACUGGGUAAUAUCAGGCAAACUUGUAGGCAUACUGCACUGGGUAAUAUCAGGAAAACUUGUAGGCAUACUGCACUGGGUAAUAUCAGGCAAACUUGCAGGCAUACUGCACUGGGUAAUAUCAGGCAAACUUGUAGCCAUACUGCACUGGGUAAUAUCAGGUAAACUUGUAGGCAUACUGCACUGGGUAAUAUCAGGUAAACUUGUAGGCAUACUGCACUGGGUAAUAUCAGGCAAACUUGUAGCCAUACUGCACUGGGUAAUAUCAGGUAAACUUGUAGGCAUACUGCACUGGGUAAUAUCAGGCAAACUUGUAGGUAUACUGCACUGGGUAAUAUCAGGCAAACUUGCAGGCAUACUGCACUGGGUAAUAUCAGGCAAACUUGUAGGCAUACUGCACUGGGUAAUAUCAGGCAAACUUGUAGGCAUACUGCACUGGGUAAUAUCAGGAAAACUUGUAGGCAUACUGCACUGGGUAAUAUCAGGCAAACUUGUAGGCAUACUGCACUGGGUAAUAUCAGGCAAACUUGCAGGCAUACUGCACUGGGUAAUAUCAGGCAAACUUGUAGACAUACUGCACUGGGUAAUAUCAGGCAAACUUGUGGGCAUACUGCACUGGGUAAUAUCAGGCAAACUUGUGGGCAUACUGCACUGGGUAAUAUCAGAUGGAAGUAAGGUGGGAUUCACACAUUAUAAUUAAAAAAAGUAUUCUAUUUAGUAUCUUAAGUGUCUUACAUUUCUUUAUCAGAGGCGGCGCCGAAGAUGGAAUGUAUAAAUCGGCACCAAUCUUCUUUAUUAUAUCCAUGAAACAUCCUCUUCAUUAUGUUCAUGAAACAUCAUGUCCAUUAUGGUCAUGAAACAUCCUCUUCAAUAUGCUCAUGAAACAUCAUCUUCAUUAUGUUCAUGAAACAUCAUCUUUAUUAUGUUCAUGAAACAUCCUCUUCAAUAUGCUCAUGAAACAUCAUCUUCAUUAUGUUCAUGAAACAUCCUCUUCAUUAUGCUCAUGAAACAUCAUCUUCAUCAUGUUCAUGAAACAUCCUCUUCAUUAUGCUCAUGAAACAUCAUCUUCAUUAUGUUCAUGAAACAUCCUCUUCAAUAUGCUCAUGAAACAUCCUCUUCAUCAUGUUCAUGAAACAUCCUCUUCAAUAUGCUCAUGAAACAUCCUCUUCACCAUGUUCAUGAAACAUCCUCUUCAUCAUGUUCAUGAAACAUCAUCUUCAUCAUGUUCAUGAAACAUCCUCUUCAAUAUGCUCAUGAGACGUCCAUUUCUUAUGUUCAAGAAAAAAUCCUCUUCAUCAUGUUCAUGAAACAUCCUCUUCAUCAUGUUUAUGAAACAUCCUCUUCAUUAUGUUCAUGAAACAUUCUAUUCAUUAUGUUCAUGAAACAUUCUCUUCAUUAUGUUCAUGAGGCAUCCUCUUCAUCAUGUUCAUGAAACAUCCUCUUCAUUAUGUUCAUGAAACACCCUCUUUAUUGAAUUAACAUGUGUUCUAAUGACUGUCAAUGCUGAAUGUGAGCUUAUUUCUUCGGUCCCAACAGGUCAGACAGUAUCGACCUUUGCCAACACGGUUCAGUAAUCUCACAAGACCAGAUGUCAGCGGAGACUUGGAUAAUUUUAUAGGUGUGUACAGGCAAACUGGUCUUGGGAAUGCUCACUGGUAGGAGCCUACAUGUUCUGAUUAUGGUUGUUUCACUGCUAUUACUAGAAGCGUAUGGCCUGAUGACAGGACAAUGGAAUGGACACUUUUGGAAUGAGGGGAGGGUUAAGCAGGGACGUCACUUGGGUAGGGCAGGGUGGGGCAUUCGCCCACCCCCCGCCCCUGAAUUUGAAGGUUUUAUUUUAAUUGCUAUGUACCGUGACGCCUCCAAUAAUAAACAACUUAACAAUCCGACCAAACUUUGUGGUCCCCCCCCACACCCCUGAAAAAACCUGAAAUGACGCCCCUGGGGUUAAGAUUAGAAACAUCAUCUCCCAUAGGCCAAAAGUAAAUUUAGCAAAUCAAAUGACCUGAUGAAAUCUCUGAUUGAUAGAUAAUGAAAUGUGGCUUUUAAAUUAUUGGUCAGCGAAAUAAUAAUCUAAUUUAACAUAGCCAUUCUCGCAAUAAUAAUGAAAUGUGGCUUUUAAAUUAUUGGUCAGCGAAAUAAUAAUCUAAUUUAACAUAGCCAUUCUCGCAAUAAUAAUGAAAUGUGGCUUUUAAAUUAUUGGUCAGCGAAAUAAUAAUCUAAUUUAACAUAGCCAUUCUCGCAAUAAUAAUGAAAUGUGGCUUUUAAAUUAUUGGUCAGCGAAAUAAUCAUCUAAUUUAACAUAGCCAUUCUCGCAAUAAUAAUGAAAUGUGGCUUUUAAAUUAUUGGUCAGCGAAAUAAUCAUCUAAUUUAACAUAGCCAUUCUCGCAAUAAUAAUGAAAUGUGGCUUUUAAAUUAUUGGUCAGCGAAAUAAUCAUCUAAUUUAACAUAGCCAUUCUCGCAAUAAUAAUGAAAUGUGGCUUUUAAAUUAUUGGUCAGCGAAAUAAUCAUCUAAUUUAACAUAGCCAUUCUCGCAAUAAUAAUGAAAUGUGGCUUUUAAAUUAUUGGUCAGCGAAAUAAUAAUCUAAUUUAACAUAGCCAUUCUCGCAAUAAUAAUGAAAUGUGGCUUUUAAAUUAUUGGUCAGCGAAAUAAUAAUCUAAUUUAACAUAGCCAUUCUCGCAAUACUAAUGAAAUGAAUACGUUUUUGAUCCCCUACCUCACUCGAAUGAAAUCACACAGUUAUAAAAUAACAGAGCAUAGGGCUAAAUAAACACAUUUUAAAGAUUUAAUCGUUGUAUUGAAGUUUGUUCUCGUUUAAGAUUAAUUGUUAAAAAGUGUAUGUCUUUACUUUUGAAGAGUUCCAGCGGUUCUUGUACGGUGUUGACAAAGAUGAGGGAAACAAUGAGAAGAAAAUAGUGACCCUCACGGAUCACAUGGCACACGUGGAUCAGUCACAAGCGGUCAAGGCCGGAGUUGAAAAGAGCAAUCAGGAUGAAACGAAAAAAAAAGAGGACGAUCCAUCCAGCCAGGGCAUUGUCUUCCAAGAAUCUCCAAGCUUACAGACAGACAUCAUGUCGAAGCUGGAUAAACUAGAGAAGGCGAUCAAAGGUCUGGCCAAGCAUCCUUCCAACAAUGACAUUUUGGCCGACGCGGGUCACAAGAGGCACAGCUUCCAUCGGGAUGAAGAGCACGUGAUUAAACCUGAACUGGAAUUCGGUUCGAAGUAUGACAGCAAGUACAUCGCUAGAAAUUCUGAAGCCUACUCGGGGCUGAACGGUACGCAGAAAAGUCUCGCCAGGAAGCUACAAAAAGAUGACCCCAGUGAUGCGUCGAGCGCAUCAAAUAUUCACAACUCAAGGAGUGUGUCUCAUAAAACACCGUGGGAUGGCGGAAGGCCUUACUACAAUAAACGCACGGAUCACUCGGACGGAUGUAGGAAAGUUCUGGCCAACUUGUCAGGGAAAUACCCUGACGCUAAGCAUGCCCACUGUUCGUGUCAUCACACAAACUCAGAAGAACCACCAAAUCUGCUCAGCCAGUACCAUAGCAAAAUACAGCAGAAGUUAUCCAGACAUUCGGUUCCAGAUGCGAUGUCGAGAACGGAAGGGCUUCAAAUGAAGUCCAGCCCAGACUCGUUAUUUGGCGAGGACACACACCUGGACCGCGAUGGUGGUUUGCGCGACAAGGAAGAGAUGGUCAGCAGAGUUUUAGAAAUGAUUAAUGCCCAACUUUUCCCCCGGUUUCGGGGUCAGACUCCGAGAUCGUUAUCAAGGCCUGCGUCACCGGAACCGGAAGAAGAUCCAAACAAAGAUGCCAGAAACCACAGAAGGUCGCGCUCUCUUUCAACGCCGUCCGUCAAGUGGUCGGACGCACGGCCUCCUCAGGUUCCGUCUCCAACGGCAGCCCGAGAUAGGGAGCAGCACUCACCUUCCCAUGGCUUCAAGCCUGAUUCCCCGCCAGGUACCACGACACAACUGGAAGAUUGUUA